GAGGCUGCACCCCAGUUGCCUGGUCACUGACUGUGGCCUCUGCUUCUCACUGCAGAUGCCAUUCAGACAAGCCCACAUUGCCUCUGGGAAGGCCGUCCACCUCGCCGAGUCAAAAGGCACCACCAUCAAUAAUCUCAGCGUGGAUGACCUGAAGAGCAUCAGCCCCCUGUUUGGCAGCGACGUCUCCCAGGUCUUCAACGUUGUCAACAGCGUGGAGCAGUACACGGCCGUGGGCGGUACCGCCAAGAGCAGCGUGACUGCCCAGAUCGAGCAGCUGAGGGAGCUGCUGAAGAGGCAUAAGGAACAAGCUUAGAGUGUGGGGAGAUAUCCCGUGGAUGCAGCGUUGUGCCUAUCACACUAAUCUGAAGUUAAUAAACACUGGGGUGCAUUGUAGUUCACUGAAA